AUGAUGUCUCUGAAGCUCAGUCUGCUCACCUUGCUCAUUGUAGCUCCUGCCUUGCUCAUUUCUGCUGAAAAUGUAAUCAGCUGUAGUGGGAACGUCCAGCGCCUGUCUUGUGACAGUGGAGUGAUAAAUACGCAGUCUGUUCUGUACGGCCGCAAAACCCAAAACAGGUGCAAUGUAAACCGAAUUGCUGCAGAGCUCGCCAACACCAACUGUUCCUCCAUAGUAACCAGUACAAUCGCUGGAAGAUGCAAUGGCUUGAAAGUGUGCGAAUUUAAGACAGACCUACUUGGCCUUGCUGACCCAUGCCCUGGAACUUACAAGUAUGUCAACACGACCUACAGCUGCAUCAGUGCCCGAACCAAUGUCAUCUGUGAGAACAGCUAUGGCACAUUGUUCUGUGCAAAUGGUAGUAUUUCAGUUCGCACUGCCAUGUAUGGCCGCAUCACACCUAAAACCUGCGCAAGUGGACUAGCCAGCUCUUUGGUCAACAAUAACAACUGUAGUUUUAAUGCACACGAUAAAGUUGUCACACAGUGCAAUGGAAAAGCCCAGUGUACCCUGUUUGCUUCAAACUACAAUUUUACAGAUGUGUGCUCUGAAACAAGGAAGUACCUAUCUGUCACCUAUGUCUGCGCUGCCAAUCCUCCUAAAACUGUUUUGGCUUGUGAUGGCAGCAAUGCUAUCCUGUCAUGUGGCACCCGCACCAUUAAAGUCCUGAAAGCUAACUACGGUCGAACGGAUUCCAGCACCUGUUCUGCUGGACUGGCUGCUGCCCAGAUCUCCAAUACAAACUGCUACAGGACCGACUCUCUGACCCGAGUUUCAACAAGCUGUAAUGGCAAGAGCAACUGUGUGGUAGCUGCCACAACCGUGGUCUUUGGUGACCCCUGCAUUGGUACCAACAAGUACCUGAACAUUGAGUAUACCUGUGUAUAAGUGACAACUCAAGACGAUUCAUCCCUAUCCUUGAUGCGAUCCUUGAAUCAGAAUUAAAUCACCCUUAAAAUAAUCAAUAAUGUAGAUUAUAGAGCUUAUGAGUCUUACCAUUGCUGUGCUUAUUAUUUGGAUGUUGGAUAUUUAGCUAAUUUAAUGAUUAUUCAUUUUGCUUAUUUGCAUGUAAUUACUUUCUUCUUAAAUAAUACAUUUCAUGAUUAACCG